AUAUUAAGCAUAACUUUGUGCCAAGUGGUACAUGUUUUGCUCUGGAGGAUAGAGAUGCGUUUAAGACAGACUUGUUUAGUGUGGUGGAUAAGAUGUGGACAUGGGGUCAGGACUGUUGAAAAGCGCUGAGCUCUGGAAGGGAGGAAGGCAGUGUUGUGGGCAUCUGAAGGAGGGAAGGCUGGCAGGGAGGUCUUCGGCAAGGUCAGCAUGGUAGCUAACUUUGCCCAGUGGUGGAGGUGCCAAUGGGUAUGCGUGUUAGUUUGGUCACUUUUGAGAAGGAGUGAGCCUGGAGACUCGUGACUUCCUCCCUCAGCAGUGGAGAUGAUCAUGCAUAGUACCAAGCAGAACAGCUGGAAAGGAGGGUCUGGAUAGAGCCUGCAGGACUCUGCAUUUCAGAUGGAAGAACUUGGGUUUUCUUUCUGUAUUCGCUGAGGUUUUCCAGACAGGUGAACGAUGUGAUCAGAACUGGAGUUUAGAAAGUUUGACUGGGUAGAGAGAGAUUCAAAGUGGGCUAACAAAUUUAUGGGAAACUAUUAGUUAUGGGAAACUGUUGGAAUCAUAUUUACUGGUUUUACUUAAUCAGUCUACUCUUAGUAAUUAUAAAUGUGGGUUUUUUCCUCCUUAAUACAAAAGUAAUGAAAUUGUUUUUUAGGGUACUAUCCACUGAAGAUUACUAAGUACAUAUACAUCAGAUAAAAGUGAAGUACAGUCAGUAUAAGGUCUUGAUUAUAAUUUUUUUCACCCAACAUAUUCAGAUAUUUUAUAAUUAACCCUGGGUUUUGGCUUGCUUUCUUUUCAUUCUUUUUCUUUUCUCCCCUUUCUUCCCUUCCUUUAAGGCAUUUCUUAAGCCCUUCUCUUAACAGUGUUUUGAGAUGUUACUUGAUUGAGGAGGUCUAUCUCAAUUUUUCUCCACCUUCAAUCUAUUAAGCCUUUAGUUCCAUUUGAGUACACUAUUGUAGGAAAUUUCUUGCCCUACUUUUGACAAUAGUUUGUCUUUAAUCCUUGUGAACAUUAUUUGAUGCCGAUAGUCUUGCCAUGCAGAGUAAAAGUAUCUUGGAGAGAAAGUUAAGGUCUCAUCGCUAAUAAAUGGAAGAGCAGGAGUUGAAACUCAGAUCUGGUUGAUCCUGAGUUGUUUUAUAUCUAUUGGCCGCAGUUUCCUUAUCUGUCAAGUGUGGCAUUGAUAGAACAUUUCUAGUAGAGUGGUCUUGAGAAAAUUAAGUGAAAUGAUAACAUGUGCUGGCAUAGCUUGUUCAUAAGCCAUCUUUUAAGCAAUGUGAAUUAUAGAUGCAUGGUGUUAUAUAAUCUAAAACAGUUAAUUCAAUUGAUAAUUUUGAGUUUUUGAGCUAUUGUUCUUUUCACAUUUCCUCUUUGAAAUCACCCUGUUUUAAAGACCUUAAGCACUCUUGUAUUUUUGUGUGCUUUAAUGGAACUUGUAUUCUCAAUAGUUUAAUUCUUCUCCACAGACGGUUAUUCUACACGUUCACUUCUGUUUUGUGUUAAUUUUUACUGCCUUUCCCCCCUGAAAUGCAAUAGUCCUGUAGUGUCCUAGUGGAAACAUUGUCCUCUUUGUUUGGGCUAAAGAAGUGCCUUUGUCAUUCCUUUGAGACAUUCUGCAGAUGCCAUUUUGCAGUUCUGAAAAAUAUGUCGCUGUCCUCCUUGUGCUGUGUUAAAUUGCGUGUGUGUAUGGCUUGGUAUUUUAAUGAAGUUGUAGUGAAAACUCGACAGUGAUACUUGUCAUUUGAGGGUAAAACAAAGAAAGGCCCUUUCUUGAUUGAAUGUAGAUACGUGUUCCCUGUCUCUCCGUAGUGCUGUGUGGUCCGAAAGCGGAUCCUUCCUGCACUCAGAUGUUUGAUGCUUUUUGACUAACUUCAUGGGAGACUGCUACAACAGCUUCUUCUGGCAUGUACUACUGCUUUUUAAAACUCUCUUAAUUUUUAUGUUCUUAAUAGCAUGUUAAGUGGCAAGUAUACACUCUACUUUGCUAAGUGGCUUUAAUCCUUGUAUUAAGAAGUGGGGGCAAAAAUCCUUUGGGAAAUUGCCCUGAUAAAAUCCAGGAAAUGCCUUUCAUUCUUUUAAAUCCAGUUAAAAUCUAACUUUAAAAAAAGGGCCUCUGAUGUAACAGUGUCUGAAAGCAUGUGCUUCUUGGAGUCGAGUAAUUUUCUUGUAGAUAGUGCCAAGCUCCAAGAGGAACAGUAUGAAUGUACCUCUGUUUUAGGUAAAUCUAUACCACAUGGCACACUACCAGUUUAUUAUAACUUUGCUAAGGCUUAGGCAUUCCGUUUUGUACUGUCUUUAAAACUGCUAAAGCAAGGGUAUAGAGAUAAAGGGGGAAAACGUCAUCUGUUUUGUUUUAAGGGACUUUAAUCUGUUAAAAUAUUUCUCAAUGGCAAUGUAUGUUCAGUGGAGAAAACUUGGUAAUAGAGAAAAAUACAAAUACGGCAAAAUUUCCCAUUGCCCACGUUUAGGCACAACCACAGUUAAGCAUUUUGCAUUUUUCAGUCUUUUAUCUGUGAAUUUACAUCUGGAGUAAGACAACAGCAUUAUCCUUUUAAACCUGCUCAUUUUCCCUCGGCAAAAAUGUAGUGAAUAGAUCUCUGCAAAUUCUGAAGACAGUAGUACUUAAUUUUGGAAAUGUCACUCCAUGGGGCAUUCAUUCCUUAGAUGCACUCACUUGAAAGCUCUCGGUUAGUAGAAAGUGUGUACAUUUAUAGCCUAAAGACAUAUUAGUCGGAAGAGGAUUGGCCAGUCCUUUUGGAUGUUUUCCAGGAUCAUAAAAGCCUAACAAGUCUAUAUUAAAACUAUUAAGAAGCCUUUGAAACAAGUAAAGAUCUGAUCACAUAAGCCCUGGCUCGUCUUGGACAGCUGGCUCACUGAUUCCCAACAAGAGCUGAUUCUGCUGUGGCCCGACUCCUGUCAUCUGGGGCAGAGGUACACAGGGAUUACAGUGUUUGUAUAUGUCUAGCCAUCAGCUGGGCUUGUUUUAUAUAAUGAUACCAAGCCCUGUGUCAUGCCAUUCCAUCUGUUUCUUUGAAAGAUAAAUAUACAGUUAGCACAGGACAGAUCCUGUUACAGUCAACUCCAUGGCAGAAAUAAACUUUCUCCCUGUGGGUAUUCCUAUAUAAUUAAAGGCUGAGGUGGGAUGAAACCCUCCCCAGGGGAUUGGUGGAUGCUCAGACCAGUCCUUCUCCAGAAGAGAGAAAACACCUCAAGCUCUGUUCUCAUGACUCUGGGAUCCAAUGGGAAAAAUGUUUACUUGUGACAUGUAGAUAAGGCAGCCGAAACAAAUUUCCUUAUCUUGUUAUAACUGUGCUGUUUUAUUGGUUUAUUCAGCAUUUAUCGAAUUUAGAUGUUCUGGUAUGUUUAACGUGGAAUUAUAGGGGAUAAUGGGAAGAGAUAAAAAGGGAUUAAGGAGGGGGAAUACGAGAUACCGAAUCAUGGCUGAACUCAAACUUACUUGAAUUGAUCUAGGCAGAAUCAUUAGAUUGAGGCUGAUCAUGGGAGGAGGAAGUGAUUGGGGAGAUGAUGACAGAGGGGGAAGUGAGGUGUGGCAGAUAGUUGAUUAUUAGGAGUGCUACUUUUCACCCUUUUUGUCUGAUAUAUAUGUGUGUACACACACCUUUCUAAAAGUGUAAAUGUGUAUAUAUCCUCUUAGUUCGGCUUUCAUAGGUACAACCCCUCUCUCCCCCAGGACAGACCAUACAGAGUCUUUGUUGACCUCCUGCAUCUAGAGGCAGUGUCUUGCCUCAUCGAACAAGGCAUACCUAUAAUGGGUGAUGUCCAUUCUCUGGUUUCCAUCCAGCUCUGUUGUCAGUGAUCAGCCCCAGUGUUGAGGCCUCCUCCAGGACCGUGCCCUGCCCUGCUUUGUCACAUAGCUGGAAAUCACACUCUGGAGGUCAUCAGUUGUGGGGUUCCUGGGAUGGGUGAUUCGAUGAGUAAGAGCAGAGAUUGCUCUGGGCAUAGCUUGUCCUUGAAGUGUGGUGCCUUAUCAGAUCCUACUGCCUGCCCUCAGUUCUGUCCCCUGGGAGGAUGGCUUUCAUCUGCCAUAUGCACCUCAGGGCUGCUUCAGAGAAAGGGCUGUGUCACUCUUAGCCCACAUCACUCCAACUUUGCCAUUCUUGGCAUCCUGCUUCCUCUGCCAGUGGAUGUUGCUAGAGUGGUAGGGACUCCCCGAUGGGCUGGUUUGCUGAGUACCAGACUUCUCUUUCAUAGCCUUGGGAUUUGUGAGAGUGUAUAACCAUAAACUCACAUGUAACUUGAUCAGGCUUCCCCUCACCCUACGUUUUAUUCUGAGUGUCCUAUGGUUUAAAAAUCAGUAACAGAGCUAUUGUUAGAUUUGGUCAUAAACGUUUUUAACCUUAUACCUGAAAGCUUGGGUUGGAUUUUUUUUUUUUUUUUCCCUCAAGUGUAGACGGGAAGUGGACAGUCUAGACAGAAGAGAGUCAGCAUUAAUGAGGACACGGAAACACGAAGACUUAUUCCGAACUGAGGAGGCUGAAUAAGCUGUGACCAUGACUACUGAAGUUGGCUCCGCGUCCGAGGUGAAGAAGGAAUCUGACCAGUUAGGAGCAGAUGCAACCAAGGAGAAACCGAAAGAAGUAGCAGAAAAUCAGCAGAACCAGUCCUCUGAUCCAGAGGAGGAAAAGGGUUCCCAGUCGUCUCCUCCAGCUGAAAGCCAAAGUAGUUCACGCCCCCAGAAGAAAGAGAGAGAUCCAUCUGGGAGCAGGGGCAUUUCUCGGUUCAUACCCCCGUGGCUUAAGAAACAGAAGUCCUACACCUUAGUCGUGGCCAAAGAUGGAGGAGAUAAAAAAGAACCUACCCAAGCUGUUGUGGAAGAGCAGAUUUUGGCUAAGGAGGAAUCUCUUCCUGAAGAAGGAAAGCAGGCCAAGGGUGAUGCUGCGGAAAUGGCUCUGCAGAAACAACAGCAGAUUAAGGUUGAUGUCAAGGAAGAGAAACCUCCAGUGAGCAGUCUGGAGAUGCAGCCUGUUGAAGAAGUAAGUAAGGAGAGAGAAGAGGAGAAGGGAAAGGAAAUACAGGAGGACACACUGGAUGAAGCAGCAAAAAGGGAGACAAAGGAGGUGCAGACCAAUGAGCUAAAGGCAGAGAAGGCCUCUCAGAAAGCCACCAAGAAGACCAAGACUGUUCAGUGUAAAGUGACCCUCCUGGAUGGCACCGAGUAUAGCUGUGACCUGGAGAAACGUGCUAAGGGACAAGUGUUGUUUGACAAAGUGUGUGAACAUCUCAACCUCUUGGAGAAGGACUACUUUGGACUUGUGUUUCAGGAGAACCCUGAGCAGAAAAACUGGGUGGAUCCUGCAAAAGAAAUAAAGAGACAGCUGCGAAAUCUGCCUUGGCUGUUUACCUUUAAUGUGAAGUUUUAUCCUCCUGAUCCUUCUCAAUUGACUGAAGAUAUCACCAGAUACUUCUUGUGCCUUCAGCUCCGGCAGGACAUUGCCUCAGGCCGCCUGCCCUGCUCUCUUAUGACUCACGCCCUCCUGGGCUCUUACACACUGCAGGCUGAACUUGGCGACUAUGACCCAGAAGAGCAUGACAGUAAUGACCUCAGUGACUUCCAGUUUGCCCCCACCCAGACCAAGGAGCUGGAAGAGAAGGUGGCAGAGCUGUAUAAAACCCACAGGGGCUUAUCUCCAGCACAAGCUGAUUCUCAGUUCUUAGAAAAUGCCAAGAGGCUUUCCAUGUAUGGUGUUGACCUGCAUCAUGCCAAGGACUCGGAAGGCGUGGACAUCAAGCUGGGCGUGUGUGCUAACGGGCUCCUCAUCUACAAAGACAGACUGAGAAUCAAUCGUUUUGCUUGGCCGAAAAUCUUGAAAAUCUCCUAUAAGCGCAGUAACUUCUACAUUAAAGUUAGGCCAGCGGAGCUGGAACAGUUUGAGAGCACUAUUGGAUUUAAACUGCCCAACCAUCGGGCAGCGAAAAGAUUAUGGAAAGUGUGCGUGGAACAUCAUACUUUCUACAGGCUUGUGUCUCCAGAGCCUCCACCAAAGGCCAAGUUCCUGACCUUGGGGUCCAAAUUCCGCUACAGCGGCCGUACCCAAGCGCAGACCCGCCAGGCCAGCACCCUCAUUGACAGGCCGGCGCCGCACUUUGAACGCACCUCUAGUAAACGGGUCUCCAGGAGUCUCGAUGGAGCUCCAGUUGGUGUUGUGGACCAAAGUCUUAUGAAAGAUUUUGCUGGCCCUGCUGGAGAGGUGUCAGCAUAUGGCCCGGGAGUUGUCAGUCCUGCCGUGGUACAAGAUGGUGACGGCAGAAGGGAUGUCAGAAGCCUGGCUAAAGCUCCACCAGUGCAGUACAUUGAAGGAAAGAAAAAUUCCUUGAGAGUAGAAGGGGAUAAUAUUUAUGUCAGACAUAGCAAUUUAAUGUUGGAGGACCUGGAUAAGGCCCAGGAGGAAAUACUGAAACAUCAGGCUAGCAUUAGUGAACUCAAGCGCAAUUUUAUGGAAUCUACACCUGAGCCGCGCCCUAAUGAAUGGGAAAAACGACGUAUCACACCUCUGUCUCUACAGACACAAGGGAGCAAAGGAGACCGUCUUUUCAAGGAUAUUUUUUCCAUGAAGGAGAAGCAUCAGAUGGCGGCAACACGGACAGUUGAAGAAAAAGCCCAGGAGGCAGACAAGAGCCUAGAAGAGGAGAUAACAUCAAUUUUGUUUAGUGCAAAGGGCUUUUCUGAUAGCAUGAAAGCCUCCUUCAGCUCAGCCACCACUUGGACAGCAGAGGGCACUGUUGUGAACUCUAAUGCACCUUCUGAAAAGCUUUCUUCCUCGCCCUUCUCACAGUUGCCUGAGAAACGCGCUCCCGAGUCCGAAGGGCCUUGCGCCGGAGCCAGUGAUGCUGUUAAGAGUUCACAUGAGACUCUGAAUGUAGUGGAGGAGAAGAAGCAGGCAGAGGUUGGGAAAGACGAAAGAGUAAUCACGGAAGAAGUGAACGGUAAAGCGCUGGCCCCUGGGCGUGGUCCUGGGGAGAUGCGGAAGGUGGAGCCGGGGACGCAGAAAGACUCCACCUCCCUGUCUUCUGAGAGCAGCCCCAGCAGUGAGAGCGAGGACGAGGACGUGGGGGAGUACCGGCCCCACCACCAAGUGACUGAGGGCACCAUCAGGGAGGAGCAGGAGGAGGAAGAAGAGGUGGAGGAGGCGCCCGGCCCAGCAGCCAAGGUAGUAGAGAGGGAGGACCCGGUGCCAGCAACCCGCCCAGUCACCCACGCAGGUGCCAAUGUCAGCACAGUAGAAACAGUGAUCCAGGAAAACGUAGUUGCCCCCCAGAUCCCCACCGAGAAGAGUGUAAACGAAGGCGUUAAGCAAGACGUGCGCGAAGACCCAGAGGACGAGCCGCAGAAAGUUAACGGAGAGGUGUCUCAUGUUGACAUUGAUGUUUUGCCACAAGUUAUUUGUUGUUCAGAGCCACCAGUGGUAAAAACAGAGAUGGUAACAAUUUCUGAUGCCUCACAAAGGACAGAAAUCUCCACCAAGGAAGUCCCUAUUGUCCAAACUGAGACCAAAACCAUCACAUAUGAAUCUCCACAGAUUGACGGCGGGGCUGGUGGUGACUCGGGCACGUUACUGACUGCACAAACCAUCACAUCUGAGUCCGUGUCAACAACGACAACCACACACAUCACCAAGACUGUAAAAGGUGGGAUAUCUGAAACAAGAAUUGAGAAGCGCAUCGUGAUCACAGGAGAUGCAGAUAUUGACCAUGACCAGGCACUGGCCCAGGCCAUCAGGGAAGCCAGGGAGCAGCACCCUGACAUGUCAGUCACGCGGGUGGUGGUGCACAAAGAAACCGAGUUGGAGGAGGGGGAUGAGUAAGAUAUCCUCUUUUUAGACCACAACAUUCAACUUUGUGAACCGGAAGAAUUUUGACCAUUCCAAGUCUUAAUGCCACCACUGCUCCAGCAAAUUUAUACGACUGUUAACAAUGGCCAGAAGCCUGAAGAAUUAAAAUGCCAACACCAAACCUUACCUUAACAGCUCUGGUCUAUACCAUUCCCACGCAUUUUAAUAUAUUGUUUUGUUUUAUAACCACUCCUAAAUAUUCUUGAUUCUUUCUUUCUUUUUUUUUUCUGAUAGUUUUGUUUUUGUUUUCUGUUUACUUUGUGUACAACUACCUGCUUUUUACAACUCAUUUUGAUCAAAUGAUAGUGAACAAAGCCAGCCCAAGCUGGUAAGGUGCUGUUCGCUUGAACAGGUGCUGUUGUGCGGAAAGGAAACUCUGUGACUAAUUUAGAUAGUAGCUUUCCUUCUUUCCAAAUUCUUCCCACGGAGUUCUUACAAGUAAAUAUUUACAGAGUUUUCAGAUUGCCGUAAAUAUACUGUAUGAGAAAAUAUUAAUGCAGAUUUAAAAGCAUUUCUUACAUCAAGAAAAUUUUCUAGUGUUGGAGAAUUUCGUUGGGGAUAUUUUUGAUACUGAACCCUUUUGACUUUCCAGUCCUGUGACUUUUUACUUUUAGCGGAAAGUCCGGGAGUCUCCAGACUGGAGAAUUACGCAGAAGUUCACUGACCACGCACUGUGCUAGAGACCCUGUCGCACCACAGUGCCGAUGCUUCUCAGACACAGGCUCUUCAGCAGCACUCCAGCCACCGGAGGGGGAGAAAAACAUCUCUUCCCUCUCGCUAAAUCAUUCAGGCAGCUUAAAACCUUAGUGCUUUCUUUCUUAACAUGUCCAAACUUCAAUACUUUCCAUUAUUUGAACCCUCGUGUAGAGCACUUGCUUUGUGUUAAACCUCCUGUCUCCAUGUGAAACUGACCUUUUUUGUUAUUGAGCAGGUGUAUCACUUUCAGGUAGUGUGAUGAUUCAUGCAGGGGUGAGGAGGCCAGGAGAGGAGGAAGGCUAUGGCGGUGUUUGUGACGGUUGUAAGAAAACUGUGCCGUUUAAAGCUGACACCAGAUAACCUGCUAGGGACUUAUUAACUGUAUUGAACAUUCUUUCCCUUGCUUUGCCCCUGUGUAUAAUUAGAAUGCCAAGAUUAGCUACCUAGCAGCUUCAAGUUGUAUUAAAUGAUAUUUUGCUUUCUGUAAUACUGUUAUAAAAUAAAGUUUGUUUAUUCUCUAAA